AUGCACACCACUGAAGUCGAGUCUGUGCCGCGGAGGAAUCCCUUCAAGAACCAAUGGAGAACAAAUCUUCCCUCGUUUCAUGAUUGUUUGGCGUCAUUGGGUUCCCGGGAAAAUUUUCGUAGCUUUGGUGAAGUGUUGGCCGCGGUCAGUCCGCCGCCACGGGAAAUUUUUGGGUCACCAUGUGCGCUCAAUUCACCAAAGAUGAAUGCAAAGCUAGACUUUUCAUUUUUUACUUUGGAGUUGUCAGAUACCACAUUGCCAGGAACUCCUCCCCAUCCGGUGGAGCGGUAUCAACAGAGCUGCGCUUCCUCAACAGAGCGAACACCGCGAAUCAGUGAUGAGGAAGAGCAGGGCGAGGGGAUUUCUUUAACACCCCGUCAACUCCCUCCAUUAUGCCCCAAUGCCUCGCCCAUUGCACAUAGUCCUUCCGCCGUGGGGGGAUCUUGUUCAGCCCCGAGAACAGAACCACAAGAAGUGUGGCUCACGCAUUCUGUUGAGCGUGCGCAUCCAGCAUUACUGAAGGAGGGAGGGAAUUUAGAAACUUUGCUUGUGAUGGAAAAUUCCCCUGCCUCAAUUGACCAUUGCGCUCGUUGUGGAGGAGUGACUCCCUUGAUAUCAGGUGGAGAUUUUUUCUCAGGAAACGACAACGGAGUGGGCCAGUGGGGUUGUAUCAAUCAGCGUGUAAACAGUAUUAUCCCUCCCUUGUGUGAGUGGAGUGACGGGAAAUGGCUCCGUGACCCUAUAAACUGUUACGGCGAUUUUGCAUACCAUCAUCCUCUUAUCUAUCGAGUUUCUGCGGGUGCAGCAAGGGACGAUGUAAUAAGGGAGAUGCGUUUCCUUUAA